CGUCAAGCACCAUCUCCGCAAUUCUCCCCAACAUCCGCCAUCUCUUCCUUGUUAUCUUGCAUUCAGCUGGAGUCUAGGAGCACGGCUUGACAUUGUAUACUUAUAUACGCACGCCAAUUCCAUCACAAUGCAGAGAGCUCUCACAUCGCGGGCGCGGACUUCGGCCCUGAACUCGAGCGCCAAGCUCCGGUCAACGAGCUUCAACCUCCAGCAGCAGCGAUUUGCACACAAGGAGCUGAAGUUCGGCGUCGAGGCACGAGCAUCAUUGCUCAAGGGCGUCGACACACUAGCGAAGGCGGUAUCAACGACAUUGGGUCCCAAGGGUCGCAAUGUGUUGAUUGAGUCUAGCUACGGCUCUCCCAAGAUCACCAAGGACGGUGUAACGGUCGCAAGGGCCAUCACCCUCCAGGACAAAUUCGAGAACCUCGGAGCCCGCCUGCUCCAGGAUGUCGCUUCCAAGACCAACGAGGUUGCUGGUGACGGUACCACCACUGCCACCGUCCUCGCCCGCGCCAUCUUCUCUGAGACUGUCAAGAACGUCGCCGCUGGCUGCAACCCCAUGGAUUUGAGGCGCGGAACCCAGGCCGCUGUUGAGGCGGUUGUCGAUUACCUGAGGGCCAACAAGCGGGACAUCACCACAAGCGCAGAGAUUGCCCAGGUUGCUACUAUCUCCGCUAACGGUGACACACACAUUGGCAAGCUACUGUCAAACGCUAUGGAGAAGGUCGGAAAGGAGGGUGUCAUCACUGUCAAGGAGGGCAAGACGACUGAGGACGAGCUCGAGGUUACUGAAGGCAUGAAGUUCGACCGUGGCUACAUCUCCCCCUACUUCAUCACCGACACCAAGACCGCGAAGGUCGAAUUCGAGAAGCCUCUGAUUCUCCUCUCCGAGAGGAAGAUCUCCGCUGUCCAGGACAUCGUCCCCGCUCUCGAGGCCUCCCAGCAGCUCCGCCGACCCCUCGUUAUCAUUGCUGAGGACAUUGACGGUGAGGCUCUUGCCGUCUGCAUCCUCAACAAGCUCCGCGGCCAGCUUCAGGUCGCUGCCGUCAAGGCCCCUGGCUUUGGCGACAACAGGAAGUCUAUCCUCGGUGAUCUUGCUGUUUUGACCAAUGCUACCGUCUUCAGCGAGGACCUCGACAUCAAGCUCGAGAAGGCUACCCCAGACAUGUUCGGCUCAACUGGCUCCAUUACCAUUACCAAGGAGGACACUGUCAUUCUCAACGGCGAGGGCAGCAAGGACCAGGUUGCGCAGCGCUGCGAGCAGAUUCGUGGCGUCAUCAACGACCCUACCACCUCUGAGUACGAGAAGGAGAAGCUCCAGGAGCGUCUCGCCAAGCUAUCUGGUGGCGUCGCCGUCAUCAAGGUCGGUGGUGCUUCUGAGGUUGAGGUUGGUGAGAAGAAAGACCGCAUUGUUGACGCCUUGAACGCUACCCGCGCCGCUGUUGAGGAGGGCAUUCUACCCGGUGGUGGUACUGGUCUACUGAAGGCCUCUGCUAACGCGUUGGGCUCAGUCAAGGCUGAGAACUUCGACCAGCAACUUGGUAUUACCAUUGUCAAGAACGCCAUCACUCACCCUGCUCGCAAGAUUGUCGAGAAUGCUGGUGCCGAGGGCUCUGUCAUUGUUGGCAAGCUCAUGGACGAAUACAAGGGCGACUUCAACAAGGGCUUCAACAGCGCCAAGGGCGAGUACGUCGACAUGAUCGCAGCCGGCAUUCUUGACCCUUUCAAGGUCGUCCGCACUGCACUUGUUGACGCUAGCGGCGUCGCAUCGCUCCUUGGAACCACAGAGGUCGCCAUUGUCGAGGCUCCUGAGGAGAAGGCAGCUGGUCCCCCAGGUGGUAUGGGCGGCAUGGGAGGUAUGGGAGGUAUGGGUGGCAUGGGCUUCUAAACAGCUGAAGCCUGGCCCCUCUCUUCUCUUUCCUAUCUAUACCCAUGUUCUACUAUAUCCACUAUUAGUGAUCUCGUCUUUCCCAGCGAUGGUUCAUGUACACGAUAUUGGGUAGGCUCUCCGCUCUUCUCUCCUGUUUUCUCUCCACCUUUAUGAAAAGCGCAGCAUUAUUGGAUGUUUGAAUUUGUACAAUAUCAUGUGUAAUAUCUAGACGCUCCUGGGAAGGACAAGAUGUAAAAGCGACCAAGGAAAUGUAAACAACGUUAAACAAACCGCACAGACAUGAGUUGUGAACGAUGAUGUGACAUGAAAGAUAGCGGGAGGAGUGAUGAAUAUGGCUUAGCAGCCCUCGUUGCUGUGGCGCCCAGGGCCGUCAGCUAAUCCUGUUGGUCCUCGAAAGCAACCCCACCAAGCGUCGUUAAAAUACCCCACCACCUGCACUACCCUUCCUCAUCAGCCUCAGCAACC